AUAAAGCCAUUCCUCCCCUCUAACUCUUUUUCCAUCUUCCUAUCAAUACAAAUCAUUGAAAAUACUUAAAAACAAAGAAUUCAACAAUGGCUUCAAUACCAUGGUGCUUCACAUUGGCCCUUUUCAUUGUCAUUCUCUCGGCAAAUCCUAAUGCCAGUGCGGCCAAGAUGAAUGCCAUUGAUAAAUGCUGGAGAGAGAAUCCUCGUUGGCGGAGUAACCGGCAACAGUUGGCCACGUGCUCUGUAGGUUUUGCUGGCAAAAUGACCAACAACAUUGGCACAGAUGUUACAUGGUAUAAGGUCACCGAUCCUUCUGAUGACUCUUUAAGUCCUAAACUAGGGACCCUUCGUUAUGGAGCCACCGUGAUCAAGGGAAAAGCAUGGAUCACUUUUAAAAAGAACAUGCACAUCACACUCCAGAGGCCACUUCUCAUAAGCAGCUUCACCGCCAUUGAUGGCCGUGGUGUUGACGUUCAUAUUACCGGCGCAGGUUGCCUCUUGGUGUAUCAGGCGACAGAUGUAAUCAUCCAUGGGUUGCGCAUCCACCAUUGCCAGUCCCAACCACCUAGCUCUGUGAUGGGUCCAGAUUCAAAGGUGAUACCACUUGGUCAGAUGGAUGGGGAUGCGAUCAGAUUGGUCACUGCAAGGAAAGUGUGGAUAGAUCACAAUACGUUGUAUGAGUGCCAAGAUGGUCUCCUUGAUGUAACUCGUGGUUCGACCGAUGUUACAAUCUCUAACAACUGGUUCAGAAAUCAGGACAAAGUAAUGCUUCUUGGCCAUGAUGAUGGCCAUUUGAGAGACAGGAACAUGAAGGUCACUGUCAUCUUUAACCAUUUUGGGCCUAAUUGCAACCAACGAAUGCCAAGAGUCCGGCACGGGUUAGCGCAUGUAGCCAACAAUCUCUACCAAGGAUGGGAACAAUAUGCCAUCGGCGGAAGCAUGAGCCCCAGCGUUAAGAGUGAAGCCAACUUGUUCAUUGCUCCAAAAUUAGGCAACAAAGAGGUAACAUGGAGACAAGGCAGCCAGGCGGACAAAGCUACAUGGAAAUUCUAUUCUGUGGGGGAUGUUUUCGAAAAUGGAGCAUCAUUCAGUAGUCCAACAGGUAUAGGUGGUGCGAAGCCUUACUAUAACCACGAACAAAGUUUCAAGGUUGAGGAUGCUCCAUCGGUUAGAGAAUUAACAAGCUCAUCAGGUGUUUUACAAUGCUCUAGGACUUUGAGUUGCUAAUAGUCCAAGUGAGCAAAAACUUAUAGUGUCUAUACGAAAAUUUCAAUAUUUUCAAUUAUAAUUACUUGUAAUUAGCUCAAGCGAACAAAGAAAUCACCCCCCAUCUGUGAUCGACGUCAAAUAGUGUGAAUGUUUGUGAAAGGGAGGGGGCAUAUUAUUGUAGCUAUCAACUACAUUUACAAUUUCAAAACGUCUGACUCUUCUGGUAAU